CAAAAUUCAGGUUUUUAAAUUUUUAUCUUUCAGGUAAACAAGGUCAGCAAAAAUCAAAAUUUAGCUGGUAAUUCUUCAAUGCCGCCUCUGAGAUUGAAUUCUCUGUAAAUAGAUAAUCAACUGAAGAAGGAAAUAGCUAGCAGUUAGAGGCAGGCAGAGAGUCACUGGCAUAACUAUAAUGGAUUCUAACAAAGAAGAGGCCACCAGAGCUAAAGAGCUUGCUGAGAAAAAACUUGGGGAGAUGGAUGCUGCUGGGGCCAAAAGAUUUGCUUUGAAGGCUCAAAACAUGUAUCCCGAGCUUGAUGGUCUUUCUCAGUUGCUUGCAACUAUUGAUGUGUACAUAACUGCAGAUAUGAAGAUCGAUGGAGAAGUGGACUGCUACAGCGUGCUUGGUGUUCAACCAUCUGCCGAUGAGGACACAAUUCGGAAACAUUUCAGGAAGCUGGCUCUCAUUCUUCAUCCUGACAAAAAUAAAUCAGUAGGUGCAGAUGGGGCUUUCCAUAUUCUGUCUGAAGCUUGGAAUUUGUUAUCUGAUAAAGCGAAGAGAAUUGCUUAUGACCUGAAGCGUAACUUAAGGUGCAGUCAUACAAAUGUUUUAUGUGGGAAGUCGUCUUCAUUGGCACCAACCAGUCAUGAGGGUUUCCAUAAUUUCAACAACACUAGUGAUCAGAACAAUGCUGCUUAUUCCAGGCCUGCUCCUCCUCGCUCAGCAAGAAACGAUACCUUUUGGACAACCUGCAAUACCUGUAGGAUGAAUUUUGAGUACCAUAGAGUUUAUGUCAACUUGAAUCUUACUUGUCCCAACUGUAGCACUCCCUUUAGAGCUGUUGUGAUGCCAGCUGCACCUGUAAAUGGUAGUAGGCCAUAUACUCCAUCAACGGACUGUAUUCAGCGACAGACAUAUCCUCAGGUUCAUAAUACAGGUCCGGGGAGAUUUUCUGGCUUGCAUUCAUUUACCAAUAUUUCUCUGAAUAGAUCAGGAAGUAACAUAAACGCGGCUCCACCGGCUUAUUUCACUGCUCAAGUUGCUAAUUUUACUCAUUCAGCCCGUGAAACAUUAAAGAGUGGGCACAAAGGGUCACAGACAGUCACCAUGGGAGAGGGAAGCCUGCCAAUGAAAUUUCAUCCUUCUCAGAAGCUAGAUGACGGUUUAGGUACCUGGUCCUUUGAUUAUAUUUCCAGUCUUGCAGCAAAAAGCCACAGAAGUAAGAACAGGAGGCCCUUCAAUCAAAGUGAAAUGGGGAAUCCACCCAUAGGAAAGGAGCUCUCGAAGCAGGAUAUUCACAAUAUGCUGACGAAGAUGGCUAAGGAAGAAAUCGGCAAGAAGCUAAAUUCAUGGCACCCAGCUUCUCUAUCAAAUGCUUCAAAUAAACCAAAGGCUUUUGAUAAGGGGAUGGAUGAGAAGGACGAAGGAAAUGGGAAAGAUGCUCUAAAUAUGAAAUCUGAUGCACAAAAAUCCAUGGAGUUCGUGGAUAUCAAGUCUAGCAUUCAGCCCAAAAAGUCUUACCCUGUUGAUGCUGAUGUUGAUCCUGCUAGAAAGGAACCUGAUCCAAUGUCAAUGAAUGUUCCAGAUCCAGAUUUUCAUGAUUUUGACAAGGAUCGUGCAGAAAGAUCAUUCGGUCAGAAGCAGGUUUGGGCUGCUUAUGAUGACGAUGAUGGGAUGCCUCGUCUUUAUGUAAUGAUUCAUGGUGUGAUAUCAUUAAAACCAUUCAAAAUGCGGAUGAGUUGGCUUAAUUCUAAAAGCAAUGUGGAACUGGCUCCACUAAGUUGGAUUGGUUCUGGCUUUUACAAGACUAGUGGAGAUUUCCGGAUUGGCAAACAUGUAGUUAAUAGGUCUCUUAAUUCUUUCUCACACAAGGUGAAGUGGUCAAAAGGCAGAAAAGGAGCAAUUCAAAUAUAUCCUAGAAAGGGAGAUGUUUGGGCUCUAUAUAGGAACUGGUCCCCUGAUUGGAAUGAGCUGACACCUAAUGAAGUGAUACACAAAUAUGACAUGGUUAAGGUGCUUGAAGAUUACAAUGAGCAAAAUGGUGUUGCUGUUGCCCCGCUUGUUAAGGUGCCUGGCUUCAGGACAGUGUUUCAGAAGCAUUCCAUGCCAAGUAAAACCUGGAUGAUUCCAAGAGAAGAGUUGUUUCGGUUCUCUCAUCAGGUCCCUUCUUAUUUGCUCCCAGGUCAGGAAGGUCAUAAUGCUCCGAAUGGUUGCUUGGAGCUUGAUCCAGCAGCUACUCCUUUGGAACUUCUUCAGGUAUUAAGUGAAGCUCAGGUGAUAGAAAUGGAGGAGAUCACUGAAAGAGCUCGGGAAGAAACUGUGUUGGGGGAUUUGAAAAGAUCUAAAGAAAAAGAGCUGGUGGAGAAUGACCAAGAAAUGAAACCAAAUAUUGGUGUAGAAGGUGUUGGACAAGCUUUCAUGGAAGAAGAGAUUAUAGAAGAAGAGGAAAACCAAAAACCUGGGAUGCUUGUUUAUGGUAGAAGACAGCAAGGAAAACUGGAAUGCCAGAGGAAUCUUGGUGAUUAGGGAUUUGUUAAGGUGAAAAUCCAGGAAUUUAUAAUGUUCAUAGGUUUUUCUCUGAGUCUCCUCAGCAGUCAAAUGCAGCUCUGCAGAAUUCAGCAAGCUGCAUACUGGCGGGACAACAAAAUCACAUCAAAGUUAUAGGGUCUUCUUCAAAACCGAGUUUAGGUAUAUCUGUUAACCUGAAGAACGUUUUGAAGAUCAACAUAGGUUUUCUUUCUUUCUUUUUUUCUUUUUCUUUAAGGGUCAAUACAUAUUCCAAAAGGAACUCAUUGUUUGCACCUGGUCAAAAAAACAAACAAACAAACAAACCCUCCAGGAGCUGCCCUUGCCUUUUUUUUUUCUUUUUCAUGGAAAACUAUAGUUGUGGUUCAUGUAGGCUUUUAUUUCUCCUUAAUAUAGCAAUUU